AUGAAAGAGAUAAAGAAUGUGUUGAUAGAGGUACAAGAUGGAAUGGUGAAGAUGAAUCAAACUAUGGAAGAAAGAUUUCAAAAGAUAAGCAGUAUGUUUGGUGGGUAUGAAACAAGGCUCAAGACUGUGGAAUCGUUUGUGAAUUAUCAGGGAUGGAACGAUAGGGAUGAUUUUGGUUUUGAUGAUUAUCAUCCUCGAUCUAGGUUUUGGACUGAUGGUGAUUGCUCUGGUGGUUGUCGUAGACAGAAUGAUCUAUUAGAGAAAGAUCCGAAGACUGGACUAGAGAAGGAUCCAUCUGAGAAGGAUCCAUGUGAGAAGGAUCCAUUAGAGAAGGAUCCGAAGGAUCCAUUAGAAAAUGAUCCAAAUACUGGACUUGAGAAGGAUCCAUCUGAUAAGGAUCCAGAGAGUGGAGUGGAGAAGGAGACACAGGCAGAAGCUGAACUAGAGAAGGAGGUAGAGAAAUUGGAGAAGGAGGCAGAGGCAACUGAAGUGGGGAAGGAGCCAGAGGCAGCUUAA